UGAGGGUAUAAAGAGGGGAAAAUGGUCGCUGGCAGGGAUUAAUUUUAACUGUAAAUCCUAUUACUGAGCCUGUAAAUCCAGCUCUGUGAGGCACUGGGUAGACUCAUUGUCAGAGCUGUACAAUGAUGAAUAAAUUAUUAUUGAACUCAAGGGUGGUGUUAUCCCUUCUCAUGUUGCCUGCAGUUGCCAAAUUGCAAGAAUGCAAGGGCCAAUGGGAUCAGUAUAAACAAGCCUGUGAUUGGUUGAGGGUUCUGGUUUCAUCCCUUCUGCUACAGGCUGUGUUGGAGCAGAACAGCCCAAGCUCUGCAGAUCUGCUGCUAGGAGUCAGGGAUGACUUCUUCUUCCACUGCUCUGCCCAGGAUGUGGCUGCUUGGUGACGUCACCCACAGAUGUUUCUCCAGGCCACACCCCCACGUGGGACUGAACCCCAUUCACCAGUGCAAUAGCUGCGAGUAAAAAGGCAGUUCACAUGACUGCGGGGCAGCUCGGCAUGUAGCGCCGAUAUUAUACCUUUUAUUUUAUAUUGGAGGGGCUGUCAGUUUACCUCUACUCUCCCCAAGACUCAGAUGCGUUUAUUUCCCUAUGCAAGUUGGGCGUGAUCUCCAUGGACCAAGUGCAAUCCCGGCGAAGAAAGCAGCAGCUUUUCAUAUAAAAAGAGAAUAGAGUGCAAUUGGGGACAGGAAGGAAAAUGUCAUCGGCGGUAGCAGCAGCGUGUGUGGAUCAGUUCGCUGCCGAGUGCCUUGUGUCUAUGUCCAGCCGCGCUAUUGUCCAUACUGCGCCUACUGGCAGCACAGCGGCACCUCCUCCUCCUCUGCUGCCGCCGCCGCCGGGGGAAGACAGGAGAGAGAACGCGUCUCUGUUCGUGGUGGCCAGGAUUCUGGCUGACCUUAAUCAACACGCUCCCAAGCCCGGCGGGGAGAAGGCAGCAGAGUGCGCCCUAAGUCUGGUGGCCGCUGCCAAUGAGGCUUCUAGUAGGGAACCUCCAGCCGGCAAACUCGCACACAGAGCGGCCACACCUCCCCUCAUACAGGAGACAAGCCCUAAACAAAGAGCCAGACGUGGGAAAAGCAGAAGUGACCCCGAGUCACCCCUCAAAAAGCACAAGUGCCCCUACUCCGGCUGCGAAAAAGUUUAUGGCAAAUCCUCCCACCUGAAAGCGCAUUUGAGGACACACACAGGGGAGAAACCAUUUGAGUGCAACUGGGAUGAGUGCAACAAAAAAUUCGCAAGGUCGGAUGAACUAGCCCGACACUACCGUACUCACACUGGAGAGAAAAAAUUCAGCUGUCCUAUCUGCGAAAAGCGUUUCAUGAGAAGUGAUCACUUAACCAAGCAUGCCCGCCGUCAUGCCAAUUUCCAGCCCAGCAUGCUUAAGGGGCGAGGUGGCAUCAGUUCAAGGAAUGGAUCUGUCAGCGACUACAGUCGUUCGGAUGCAUCAAGUCCAGCCAUUAGCCCUGCAAGCUCUCCUUAAUCUACUUGCACUGAACAUUAGCACUUUGCUUCUGCUAAUGUGGAACACUUUGUGAAAUGGAUUUUCUUUUUUAUUACAUGCAUUUAAAAAUUUUUCCUUGGUAUUUUUUUUAAGUGGAUUGAAGAUUGCUUAUUUUGAACUAACAAUGCAAAAUCUGAAAUUCUGUAAUUCCUUUAGGUCAGAUUCUCAAAUUUAUCCUGGCUGCCUUUCUCUUGGAUUUCCAGAAUUUUAUAUAUCAAUCAGUUUUGGAUCUCCAAAAUUCAAUACUUCCAGUUUUCUACCUCCAGAUUACCAUAUCUUACCUAGAUUUUAUCUCUACGUGUCUGGCAAUCCGCACAUUUUGUACCUCCAGUAUCCCAUCAAAGUAUCUCUUCUCUAUUUCUAGAAUUCUAUACUUGGCUUCUGUCGAGCUUCCACAGUUCAUGUAUCUGAUCUUAGCGGAUCUCCAGGGUUUCAUUCUCCACCACGUUUCAUUACCAGUCUCCUAACUUGUGUCUUGUGUCCAUCUCUCAUUUACAAAUGGCAGUUUUUACUCUAAAGGACAAAAAACAUUUUAAACUACUUCACCUCAGGACUAAAAAAAAAAUAAAGUUGCACAAGAGAAGCAUUGAUCUACAGCUUAAAGUUCAGUGUUGAAUUUCACCUCUUCUUCAAUAUUCCCCUCUCUCAGGGAUGAAUUCCUAGAUUAUAUAAUGAUGUCACAGCUUUUUCUGCAGCCUUAUCCUCUCCCUUUCUACAUUUUUAUUUGUUUGCACUCAAAGGUAUUUUGAGUUCAGGCACACUGGGAAAUGCCAGUACUGGAAAAUGGUGCCCUUUUACUUGGGUGGAAAACUUGGUUUAUUUGCAAAUAGUCUUAUAUAAUUUUAAUGUAUAUAUUACGCAUACUCAUGUCAAAUGUUAAACAUUUAUAUACGCUACCAGUGAAUCAUUUUGUUAGUUUUGUGGCAUUUGCAAACUUUAAGUAUAUUAGAUUUUGUUUUUUAACUGUA